GAAAAAAAAAAUACAGUGUCUGUGCGUCUGCCAUUGUCAAGAUCUCUACAGUUUAUAUAAACCCUCAAUUAUUUUCACACAAGGCAGCAAAUCAAACAUAAGAAAUUUCCUCUAUUUUCUGUCGGAAAUCAUUUCGCACUUCUUUUUAGUGUGAGAAUUUCCUGUGUUAAUGCUCGAAAAGCCAUACCAAUCGCCUCAUGGUCAUGGAAAGUAGUGGUGGUUUAUCUGGUACCAAUGUCGAAGGUAAUGGCGCAGACAAUUAAAAAAUUGCUUCUAUUAACGACAAUGCUAUGACUUCCUUGGCCUCGGCCAUGAAGGAUUCAAAUUGCUCAAGGAGUUCGACCAUUGAAAUUUCUUUAAACAAACUGACUUCACCAGGCCCUUUGAAUAGUGGACCCGCUAAAAGAUUUGAGAAGCCUAUGUCGGUCAAAAAGGAUGGUCACUUUUCAUGUCUAUCUGUCUCAAAGAUGGGUGAAAAACUUUCAGGCUCAUUUCGCUAUGAGAAAGUUGAGUUGGUGAGUUCUCAGGAAGUAUUUAUACCACGUGAUAGAAACUCCAUAAAGAAGCAGGUUGCAGACCCUGAAACUGAUACUUCUAAUAGGAUGAAAUGUGAUGCUCGUAGUUACAGAGAAUGGCUGGGAUCAAGAGUUAGAAAAGAUAAGGUGUCAGGGUCCCAUAGGAAACAGAGUGGCAAUAAUUCUGAGGCUUGCAAGAAAGUCAAGGGGGCAGUCGUCGAGGGUAAUCUUUCAUGCUCUAAAAGGCGGAGGGUGGAUUUUGAUUCGGCACAACAAUGUUACUCUGGGAAUGCAGAACCAGGGAACAGAUUGCAUGCUGCCUUUCCUACUCAGGAUGGAAAGGAAUCACUUACUGAGCUUAAUAUGGAUCAAACUGAAGAACGAACCAGUGAUGUGUUAGACAAAGAAUCUCAGUUUGAAAUUUUAACUGGCGAUGGACAUAGUGUAUGUUUGACCUGUAUGCGUGGGGGAAAGCUUUUGUCUUGUGUUGGGAAAGGGUGCAAAAGAAAGUACCACCCUUCAUGUCUUGUUCCUGCUCUUAGUAAUUAUCCUCCUGGAUUUUGGCACUGUAUUUGGUGUGUUGAAAAGAAGAAAGAACUUGGAGUGCACUCUGUUUCUGAAGUAAUGUCCAUUUGGGAUGCUAGAGAGGUCAUUUCUGAUGCUAAAGAAAUGCAGAGCGAGAAACAAUACUUGGUAAAGUACCGAGGUCUAGCUCAUGUUCACAACCGCUGGAUUCCUGAAAAAGAGCUGCAGUCUGAGGCUUCCACAUUUGUUACAGAAUAUAAUAGAAGAAAUCAGGCGAUCAGGUGGAAAUCAGAAUGGACUAUUCCAAAUCGUUUCUUGCAGAAGAGAAAGUUAUUGUUUCCUACAAAUUCUGGUGACAAUGAUUUAGAUUGCACUUAUGAGUGGCUAGUGAAAUGGACCGGCCUUGGUUAUGAGCACGCUACAUGGGAGUUGGAGAGUUCUUCAUUUAUGAUGUCAUCUGAAUCUAUGAAGCUCAUAAGAGAUUUUGAAAUUCGGCACCAAAUGUCGGAAGGAUUGUCUUCCAAAUCUGAAGAAGAGGAGAAGGAGAAAUGCAGCUUUAUUGAGCUAUCAAAGUUGGCUUUUGGAGUUCCAUCUGGAGACUAUGACCAUUAUCUGAGUUAUGUCAAUAAGCUUCUUGCGCAUCGGCGCAAAAAUAAGAAUGCUGUUGUCUAUGAUAAUCAUGUGGAUCAGGAGCGGAUUAUAAAAGUGAUUUUAUUUGUCUUGUCAUUGCAAUUAUCCGCACGAAGACCUUUUCUGAUAAUCUCAAGGUCAACUACUCUUUCUGUUUGGGAAUCUGAGUUCUUAGAUGUGGCAUCAUCUGCCAAUAUAAUAGUUUAUAAAGGGUGCAAAGAUGUUCGGAGUAGUAUCAGAUCCUUGGAAUUCUACAAUGAAAAUGGUUCUAUUAUGUUUGAGAUACUUCUAUCCGCUUCUAAUGUUGUUGCCGAGGACCUAGAAAUGCUAAAGUGCAUAAGAUGGGGAGCUAUUGUAAUUGAUGAGUGCCAAAGGCCUGGAAUGUCUAGAUAUUUUGAACAGAUCAAAAGUCUAAGAGCUGAUAUGAAGCUUCUUCUUGUCAGUGGUAAAAUCAAGGAUUGCUCAGCUGAUUAUCAGAGUAUGCUGUCUAUAUUUGAUUCUGGACAUGGGCUAAGCAGUGAUAAUGUGAUGAUUGACUCCAAUACUGAUGUAUGCAAACUAAAAGAAAGAUUUUCUCGUUAUUUUGCAUUUGAGUGCAAGUCAAGCUCCUCUAGGUUUGCUGAGUACUGGGUUCCAGUCCAGCUUUCUUAUCUGCAACUUGAGCAGUAUUGUGAUACAGUGCUUUCAAACUCAAGCCUUCUUUCUUCAUCCUUGAAAAUUGAUCAAGUCGAUGCUCUUCGUGAGCUUAUUAUUUCGUUUAGGAAGUGCUGUGAUCACCCAUAUCUUCUUGAUCAAUCUUUGCAAGUUAUUGCAACAAAAGGUCUCGCUGCAGAAGAGAAUUUGGAUGUUGGAAUCAAAGUGAGUGGAAAACUGCAAAUUCUUGAUAAAAUCCUUCUGGAGACUAAAGCCAGGGGCCUACGAGUAUUAAUCCUUUUUCAGGCAGUUGGUUGUUCUGGAAGAGACUCAGUUGGAAAUAUUCUGGAUGACUUCCUCUGUCAAAGAUUUGGUAAGUACUCUUACGUUCGCAUUGAUGGUGGAGGAUAUGCCAUUUCAAAGAAAAAAGCUGUUGUAAAUUUGUUUAACACUAAAGAAAGUGGCAGACAGUUUCUUUUGCUUGAAGAUCGUGCUUGCCUUUCAAGCAUUAAACUUUCAGCAGUCGAUGUUGUCGUUAUGUUUAAUAGUGAUUGUAAGCCGCAGAAUGACAUAAAGGCCCUGCACAGGAUCUCGAUUAGUUCACAAUCUGAGCAGCUUAAAGUGUUCCGCUUGUAUUCAGCUUUUACUGUUGAAGAAAAAUUUCUGAUCCUUGCCAAGAAUGGUACAAGUCUAGAUGGCAAUAUACAAACUCUAAGUAGGAACAGCUGCCUUAAAUUGCUAAGUUGGUGUGCUUCUCAUCUAUUAAAUAAGCUUGAUGACUUUCAUGACUGUAGUAAGUCGGUCUCAGUUUCAAAUGUUUCUUGUGAACAGUCAUUUCUGAAUGCUGUAUUGUUAGAGUUGCUAACCCAAUUACCUUGCAAUGGUGAAAGCAAUCACGCUGCCAAGUGUUCAUUUAUUACAGAAGUACCUUUGAAUGUUGUCUAUGAUGGAAAUAUUUCUUUAUUUGGCGAAAAAGAGAUAGGUUCAAUGAACUACCAAUCAUCCGUGAUUUCCUUGAUAAAACUUCUUGAAGGAAAGCGUCCACAAUGGAAAUUGUUAUCCAAGUCAUCUUCAAGAAACCGAAAGAAGGUUCAAUAUUUUGAUAACCCCCCUACAAAAUCUGAAUCUGAAGAUGGGGAUGUUGUGAAGAAAAGCCAGAUAGCAGUCAACAGCAUCGAUGAUCAUACAUAUCCAACAUGGAAGCUCAAGGGCAAAAGAAACGUAACUCUUGUGAACAAGAAAAGAAAGCUUGCUGCUGCUUCUGACAGCGCAAGUGAGAAAAAUUUUCCUUGCCCAACAGAUGGUAGGAAAGAUGUAAAGCAGAGCAAUCAAUUGUUGCUGAAGCUUGGGAUCUCAAAACUUUGUGAAGUUCUGCUACUCCCAGAGAAUGUCAGGGGCACUGCAGUGGCAUUUCUUGAGUACAUAAUGCAAGAUUAUGAUGUCACCUGCGAAUCAGUUUCUUCAUUGCAGGCAUAUCAAAUAUCUCUGUGUUGGACGGCUGCUGAUUUGUUGAAAUAUAAGCUGAAUCACAAAGAGUCAAUUGCACUUGCAAAACAACAAUUAAAUUUGGAUUGUGGGUAUGAAGAGGUAGAAUAUGUUUACUCCAAGUUGCAGAGUGUUGCAAAGUUGGCACAGUGUUCUGAGAAAAUAAAGGGUUACAAGAAGUCAAAUUGUUCAAAUAGAGUUCUCAAAAAACCCAAAAGUAUUGUGCAUAAAAUUAUACCAUCUACUCUUAUUAGCUGUAAUCAAAGUGGAACUGUAAAAAGUGCAUCAUCUCCCGAUCCUGAUGAAUCUCUCACAGAAAAGAAAAUAUCCAGUCUACAUAUGAAAAUAGUAGCUGAUCAGUUUGGAUCUGAUUCAGAGCUUGAUUGUUCCAGUGGUCAACCUGAAGAUCAUGUCCUUGUAUCAGAUUCUCAACAACACCAAAGUCCUAUUAGACUGAUAGAUGAGAAAUCUGUAUCAGAACCUUCUGAAAUUCCCCAAGCUCAAUAUAAAGUGUUGGGUAUAGGCAAUGACCUUAUGAAGACUACCGAUACUGCCAAAUCCCAUGAAAGAAGUGGUGAAACAGAACCAGUGACCUCAGAAAGAGUAACCGUUUCUAAGGUUGGUCAGCAUGAUAAUGCAGCUACUCAUCUUCCUGGGAACCUGAAUACUUUGGAGUUUACUGGAACUGGUGAAUCCUUGGUAGAGGCUGAUGUUAACGCCAAUGAAUCAAAUUCAUUGUUGUGCCAAGAGACAACCCUCUCCUGUCAACUUCCUGUAAGGUCAUCUUCCUCUGAAAGCAAUAUAUCCACUAUACCUGCACCUGAGGUAGAGCAUCAACUCAGCGGCGAUCAGCAUGCUUUUAGUCAAGAGGCUGUGGUUCCAAGCCACCCAUCCUUAGAGGUUCCACUGGAUGAACCAUCGGGUGCUCCGGCUAUGUAUUUGGUUGAGAUGCCACGGCAGCCAUCUGAAAGUAGAUCUGUGCUUGAAAAUGAAACAUGCCUUGAGAACCAAAGGAGAUCAACUACCCUGUUACAAUCUCCAAAUGAGCUUCCCUGUCAAUUAAAUACAGUGAGACCCGUGACACAGCAGCCUUCUUGCUUGAACCCACUUCGAAUUGAGCUGGGGAAAAUACAAAAGUUUAAAGAGCAAACCUUGAAGAUACAUGAAGAUAAGAUACUACAGCUGAAGUAUGAGCGUGAUAAAGAGAUAGAAGAAAUACAUAAAAAGUAUGACAUGCUCCUUCAAAAUGCUCAGAUGGCAUUCAAGCAAAAGGAACAGGAUUUUGAGAGUUAUUGCAGAAAAGUUAACUCAAAUCACUUAUUGGCAGAAGCACUGAUGUUUUAUCUGAAUGACAAAGCUGUUGGAUUACCAGUAGACAAUUUCAUGGGUCGAUUGAUUGACCAACCUAUUUCAAUGCUCGAGCCACCAAUUGAGCCAUCCUUGACAAGCCUAGGUGCAGCUCCACUUGUGAAAAUGACUAACCAUCAGCCAUCUGCUGUUGCACUGGAUUCCAGUUCCGCUAUCCAUGGUGUACAAAGCAACUGGGUUGGCAUUAGAGCAGCAGCCCCACACCUUGGAGCCUUAAAUCUUCCAUCCAUGUUGACCCCACAUCAUAUGUCAUAUUCACAGGGAAGGAUGCUCAAUCAACGAUCAGAAAGUAAUGGACCGAUGAUUCCAGUAGCACCCGGGUUUGCUUCAGAACCAUGCUAUAUUCAUCCUCCAACAGCUGCAGACUUGCCAGGUUUGGUUAAUAGUUAUGUUCCACCACUUGAACCAAGUGCGGUUAUUAACAAUCAUGCUCGUUCUGACCUGCAAAUCAGUUAGACGUCAACAUACAUUCAGUUCUACUUCUUCCUGACACAAGCGAACAAACUGCUUCUCCUUUAGUCCCUACUGCUGCUUUUGAUGCUGAAACUGUUGGUUUAUCAUUCAUAGGACAGUUGAUAAACCUUGGGGUGAUGCAACUCCAUAUUGCAAAAUCGCAUUGGGUUUCUUUUCAAGGAAGUGUUAACCCUAACUACUCUUUUGAAUGCUUAGAAUUUACUUAGUCAUACAAGCUUGAAGAAGGAUUGAUUCGGUAUUGUAUAUAACUGUGACAAAGGUAAUCAAGUCGGAAAAAUU